UCCCCUGGAUCUCGGAACAUGGUGGAGACCAGAGAGCAGGAGCAGGGGGAGGGUGAGAGUGUAGCACAUUAAUUCAAGGGGUGCCCCCCCCCACACACACCCCUCCACAACAGAGUGAGGAUCCCCUCUACUAUGGCUCGCUGGAUACCCACCAAAAGGGAGAAGUUUGGAGUAGCUAUCUACAACUACCAGGCUACUCAAGAGGAGGAACUGACACUGCAGGUUGGAGACACUGUGCAAAUCCUUGAGGCAUAUGAAGGUUGGUACAGAGGAUUCUCCUGGAGAAACAAAACAAGGAAGGGAAUAUUUCCAUCCAGUUAUAUUCAUGUGAAAGAAGUAACAGAGGACAAAGCGAUCCAUGAACAGGCUGUGCCCAGUGAGCUGCCUCUGGUACAGGAGCUCACAGCUACUUUACGGGAGUGGGGGGCCCUUUGGCACUCGUUGUUUGUGCACAAUGAACGAGAUCUGUUCAGCCAGGUACAAGAGAUGAUGUCCUUGUUGAUGGAAUGGCGCUCACAGAUCCUGUCUGGGACAUUGCCAAAGGAUGAUCUGGCUGAGUUGAGGAAAAAAGUGACUGCAAAAAUAGAUUAUGGAAACCGGAUACUGGACCUGGAUCUGGUUGUAAGAGAUGAGAAUGGAAAUAUUCUAGAUCCCAGUGAGACCAGCAUCAUUUGUCUGUAUCGAUCACAUGAAACCGCUUCCAGGUGUAUUGACGAGAGGAUACAAGAGGAGAAGUCCCAGUUACAGCCGUUGGAUUGCCGGGGCGCCGCUAUGCUUCUUACUGCUCACACGUACAGUCUGUACAUGAAUCUCAAGAAUUUUGUCUGCAAUAUGGGGGAGGAUGCAGAGCUGUAUAUGUGUCUAUAUGAUCCUGAUACCUCCCACUUUAUCAGUGAAAAUUAUUUGGUCCGUUGGGGAAGCUCUGGCAUGCCUAAAGAAAUUGAGAAAUUAAACAACCUGCAGGCUGUGUUCACAGAUCUCAGCACUUUGGAUCUGAUUCUGCCAAAGAUCAGCCUUGUGUGUCAAAUUGUACGUGUUGGACACAUGGAACUGAAAGAUGGAAAGAAACACACUUUUGGCCUUCGGAGGCCUUUUGGCGUUGCGGUGAUGGAUAUCUCUGAUGUUAUACAUGGAAAAGUGGAUGAUGAAGAAAAGCAACAUUUUAUUCCCUUUCAGCCAAUUGCCAUGGAAACCUACAUUCGUCAGCGACAACUCAUCAUGUCCCCUUUAUUGACCUCCCGUGCGAUAGCAGAGAAUGAGCCACUGACAACUGUAUACAACAAGGUGAUCGCGGCCAAAGAAGUGAACCACAAGGGGCAGGGUCUUUGGAUUUCUCUGAAACUUCUUCCUGGGGAUUUGGCACAAGUACAGAAGGAAUAUUCUCAUCUUGUAGACAGGAAUACAGCGGUGGCCCGGAAAAUGGGGUUUCCAGAGAUCAUCUUGCCCGGUGAUGUUCGUAAUGAUAUUUAUGUCUCAUUAAUGCAUGGGGAGUUUGAUAAAGGAAAAAAGAAAUCCCAAAAAAAUGUGGAGGUUACAAUGUCUGUACAUGAUCAGGAUGGUGCUGUGGUUGAGAAAGCUGUCAUUCCAGGAGCAGGCCAAGAGGGGGUUAAUGAAUACAAGUCUGUUGUGUAUUACCAAGUCAAACAGCCAUGUUGGUACGAAACAAUUAAGGUCUCAAUACCGAUUGAGGACGUAAGUCGCUGCCACCUGCGUUUCACUUUUCGUCACCGAUCUUCUCAAGAAUCUCGUGAUAAGUCAGAGAAGGUGUUUGGAAUGGCUUUUGUGAGGUUAAUGAACUUGGAUGGAACAACCUUGCAGGAUGGAAUUCACGACCUGAUUGUCUAUAAGGGUGACAGUAAGAAGUCUGAUGAUGCCAAGGUAUAUCUCACCCUCCAGUGCACUAAGGAGGAAGAUGAUGGAAAGUCCCCAAGAAAUCACUCUACCUGCUUGUCUUUCACCAAAGACAGCUUCCAAAUCCGGACACUCAUUUGUUCCACCAAACUCACCCAAAAUGUUGACUUGCUUGGUUUGUUAAAUUGGCGUUCAAACUCCAGACCUGUCUCUGAGACACUGCGCAAACUCAUGGAAGUUGAUGGAGGGGAGAUAAUGAAAUUCUUGCAGGACACACUAGAUGCUUUGUUUAAUAUCAUGAUGGAGGCGUCGGAUAGGGACAGCUGUGAAGUGCUGGUGUUUGAUGCUCUGGUAUUCAUUAUUUCUUUGAUUGCGGACAUUAAGUUCCAGCAUUUCAAUCCUGUGCUGGAGACUUACAUCGCAAAACAUUUCAGUACCACUCUGGCUUAUGAGAAGCUGGUCAAAGUCCUGACCUGGUACGUGAGGAGCGCCCAUGACCCAACCUGCAGAGAAAUGCUCUUCUCUUCCUUAAAAGCUACAAAAUACUUGUUCAGGUUUAUUGUCCAAUCAAGAAUACUAUACCUUAGGUUUUAUGGACAGGAUGAGGGCAAAGGUCAAUUUAAUGACUCCAUACAUCAGCUUUUUCUUUCUUUCAAUGAGCUAAUGGACCGACCUCUAGAGGAGGCUGUGAAAAUUAAGGCUGCAGCAUUAAAAUAUCUGCCUGGGAUUAUAAACCACCUCAAAAUCGUUUUUGACCCGGUGGAGCUCAGUGUCCUCUUUGCAAAGUUCAUGCAGAGUGUCCCAGAAGCCCAACUUGUCCAUCAGACUCUCGCCUGUAUGAGCAAAGUCGUGGAGAGCGACCUCUUUCUGCAGUCAGAAUGUAGAGAUGCCCUUUUACCUCUUCUCAUUGACCAGCUUAGUGGACAGCUGGAUGAUAAUAACAAUAAGCCAGAUCAUGAAGCUAGUGGCCAACUCCUGAGUAACAUUUUGGAUGUACUGCAAACCAAAGAAGCGGGUGAAAAGUCCCUUCACAUUCAGCUAAUAAUGCAGCGUCUGCUACGGAAAAUCAACAGGACAGUGAUAGCGAUGAACCGUCAGUCACCACAAGUGGGCCGUUUUGUAGCAUGUAUGAUAGCCGUCCUGAGACAAAUGGAAGAUUACCACUAUGACUACUACAUCAGCACUUUCAAAACUCGACAAGACAUCAUUGAUUUUCUGAUGGAGACCUUUAUCAUGUUCAAGGACCUCAUUGGGAAGAGAGUUUUUCCUAAGGACUGGAUGCUGAUGACCAUGACUCAAAACAAGAUUUUCCUUCGUGCUAUGAACCGUUUUAGUAUUGUGCUGAACAAGCUUUUCCUGGAUGAAGCCAAUUUUGAGUUGCAGCUCUGGAAUAAUUUCUUCCAUUUGGCUGUAUCAUUCCUCACCCAUGAGUCUCUGCAACUGCAUAAAUUUUCCCAGGAGAAACGGCACAAGAUCCUUAUAAAAUAUGGAGACAUGAGGAAGGAGAUUGGCUUGAAGAUCAGGGACAUGUGGUAUAAUCUAGGCCCCCACAAGAUUAAGUUUAUCCCCUCUAUGGUUGGUCCAAUCUUAGAAGUGACCCUAACCCCAGAGCCUGAUCUGCGUAGAGCAACAAUCCCCAUCUUCUUCGACAUGAUGCAGCAUGAGCACAAUUUCAGUGGCAGUGGCCACUUUCACAUGUUUGAAAAUGAACUGAUUACUCGCCUAGAUCAAGAAGUAGAGGGUGGACGUGGAGACAAGCAAUAUAAAGAACUUCUGGAGAAGCUAUUGCUGGAACACUGCAGGAAGCACAAGUAUCUCUCUAGUUCUGGGGAAGUGUUCACAGUCUUGGUGAGCAGCUUGUUGGAAAAUCUCUUAGACUACCGUACACUAGCGAACGACGAGAGUGAGGAAAACCGAAUGAGCUGCACUGUCAAUCUUCUGAAUUUUUACAAAGAGAAGAAGAGAGAAGAUAUUUAUAUUAGGUAUUUGUACAAACUGCGUGACCUGCACUUGAACAGUGAGAAUUAUACAGAAGCGGCUUAUACUCUAUUACUGCACGCAGAGUUACUACAGUGGUCAGAAAAACCGUGCGCUCCUCACUUGCUGCAGAGGGAUAGUUACACUGUGUAUACCCAGCUGGAACUGAAGGAGAGAUUAUUUCACGAGAUCAUUAGUUUAUUUGACAAGGGAAAAAUGUGGGAGCAGGCAAUCGUACACAGCAAGGAACUUAUAGAUAUGUACGAGAAACAGAUUUUCCACUAUGAGGAGCUUAGUGUUCUACUGAAGAAACAGGCUGGCUUUUACCAGAACAUAAUGAGAUCCUUGAGACUACAGCCAGAGUACUUUGCAGUGGGAUAUUAUGGACAAGGAUUCCCAUCCUUCCUACGGAACAAGAUUUUCAUUUGCCGGGGAAAAGAUUAUGAGCGUCUGGAAGAUUUCAACCUAAGGCUUCUCUCUCAGUUUCCCAACGCAGAGAAAUUAUCUAGCAGCUCACGUCCUGGAGAAGAAAUCAAGAACUCUCCUAAGCAAUAUGUACAGUGUUUCAGCGUCAAACCCCUGAUGAACCUCCCGUCUCGGUACAAGGAGAAGCUGGUGCCUGAGCAGAUCCUCAGUUACUAUCGUUAUAAUGAGGUGCAAAGUUUUACUUACUCGCGACCAUUCCGUAGAGGGGAGAAGGAUCCAGACAAUGAGUUUGCGACUAUGUGGAUUGAGAGGACAACGUUCACCACAGCAUACAAACUCCCAGGGAUCCUAAAGUGGUUUGAAGUUAAACAUUAUAUUACUGAGGAGAUCAGCCCACUUCAGAAUGCCAUUGAGACGAUGGAAAUGACCAAUGAGAAAAUCAGUCACCAAGUCCAACAGCAUACUGCAGACCGCAGCCUGUCCCUGCACCCGCUCUCCAUGCUGCUUAGUGGCAUUGUUGAUCCUGCUGUGAUGGGUGGAUUCUCCAACUAUGAGAAGGCCUUCUUCACUGAAUGUUACCUUCAGGAUCAUCCUUCAGAUCAGGAUAAGAUAGACCUUCUGAAGGAGCUGAUUGCUCUGCAGAUGCCCCUCCUGGAGCAAGGAAUAAGGAUUCACGGCGAGAAGCUGACUGAGAAUCUUCGGCCUCUGCAUCAAAGACUGACUUCCUGCUUUCAUGAUUUGAGGAGCAAGGUGGCAAAGCUGUGUGGAACAAUCACUCUGCCUCCCAGUUUGACAAAUCGGAAGUUAAGCAGAGCUGGUUCUGUGGUUGUUCCUUAUAUUACAUCAGCAACUCUGAGAAGAUUAUCAACUGUGUCUACUUCUUCAUCUGGGAGUAGCAGUUCCAGGCCAGGUUCUGUAGGGUCAAUUCCGGAGCCUGUUCCACCCAGACGUGGUUCUUUGAUUUCUCGGAUGGAAGAGCUUAGUGAUCGAGAAGAGGGUGAAAAUCGUAUAAUGAAACUGAAACAUCACAUGAGUCAAUCUCAAGUGAUAACGGAGCAUCUGGCAGUGAAGGAGUGCUUGUCUGCAAAGUCUCAGCGACCUAAGAGUCUACAGCUUAUGGAUGGUCGUCUGUCCCUCCACACAGGGUCUCAAAUCCAAGGAGCAACCAUGAGUCCUUCUCCCAUUACCCCGAAAACCCCAAGAACCCAUAGUUUCCCAUCUCUAUCCACUGAUGGUCACAUGGUGGGAGACAUAGGAUCCCCUCCCCCACCACCCCCUAAGAACAGAUCACAUGAGGGCAGCCAGCGGCUUUCACUAGAGAUUGCACCCUUAUUGCCAAGGAAAGAGGAAGUGAAACCACCGACCCCUCCCCCAAAAGUUAGGAAAUCAAGUGUUAUCCAUGACCCUGGAGUAUGAUGAACAGUCUGACCUGGUGUUCAGAAUCUGAUCAGUCGACAAUGGUUGCCUGGAAAUGUGGCUGACCAGUUAGAGGGAUAUCUGACCAACCAUGUGAGGCCCAGAGAUCUGAGUGACUAUCUGAUCGGAGUUCUAGGGAGUUUGAUAGACCACCCAGCUAGAGGCCUUUUAUCUGACAGACCAUUCAGCAAUAAGGCAUUUAAUCAUCUAGAUGGUUUCUGAAUUGGUCUAAACAUUUUGUUUCCUGAGUUGUCUUCAUGACUCUUCCUCUAUUCAAAUCACUCCUUUCUGUAGAACCAAAGGAUUGUGAUGUGAAGAAAGAUAUAAGAGCCUGUUCUCAUACCAAAAAGUACUCUACAAUACCAUAGAAGUAUAUAGUACUAAGCCAAACGUAUGGGAAAUUACAUAGAUAUGAGCUCUUCAUAGUGCAUUAUUAGUUCUCUCUUCAGUUAGAAGAACUGUUUUAGCUGAUGGCUGCUGGAUAACUGCUUUUAAAGCACAGAUAUCAUAAGUUAUACUCAGAGUAUUGCUGCAGCUUUUGAGUACUAUAAAGGAUGGUUCGUCACUGUCCUUGCUUGGUGACCAUAGUGGCAAUUAAUCAGGUACAGUAAAAUAUUUGGGAGGAAAAUAAUAUAUCUGUUAAUAUGUUGAAUCUGCAAUCUCUUCUAGGGAUAUAAACCAGCCUGCCAUGUUGGUGAAUCAGGAUAUAGAUCAUAGAUUAGGUUAAUGAUAAGACAUACUGCUUAGCGGUGGUCAGACAGGAUUCUGCUGUGUUCUAUAUUCCUGUAUUUUAAAGAGUAUUUUAUUGUAGGCUUCUGACAUUUAAGGAGUGACUCACUCUAUAAAAAUGUGUGUGUGUGUGUGUAUAUAUAUAUAUAUAUAUAUAUAUAUAUAUAUAUAUAUAUAUAUAUAUAUAUAUAUAUAUAUAUAUAUAUAUAUAUAUACACACACACACACACACUCUAUGUACAGUUAAUUGGUUGGCAUAUACAAUAGCAAUAAAAGUCCUACAUAUCUACCAUGGAGAUUAUAACUCACCACACUACAAAUGAAGAUGCAGCUAGCAAAACUGCUUGCAAAGUAAUUGGUAUUUAAACCACAAAACCUAUGGCUUGCACUUGAAUAGCCUCUUCAGACAGCCUCUGGUGAUUUGGU